GUGAGAGAGAGCAAACACGAGUGCUAGUGAGGGAGAGAAGCUGUGUAAACAAAAAAAACACAGCCAUGUCUUCAAACAAUUCUUCAACACUUUCUAAUCCUCCUAUGUUCACAGGAGAAAAUUACAGUGUUUGGACUAUCAAAAUGAAGGCCUUUCUAAAAGCACAAGAAGCAUGGGAUACUCUUAAGAAAGAGUUUGAUGGUAGUUCUUGGGUUAAAGGUAACAAGAUUGUAACCCUCAAAAGACAAUUUGAAAUGCUGAAAAUGCAGGAGACAGAGACAGUCCAUCAAUAUACAAAUAAAUUGAUGGAUGUUGUCAACCGAAUCAGACUUCAUGGUGAGGAAUUUCCAGAUCGAAGGGUGGUGGAAAAGAUUAUUGUUAGUGUACCAGAUAAAUUUGAGUCUAAGAUUUCUGCCAUAGAGGAAUCUUGUGACCUUAAAGAGCUAACCAUCACUGAGCUUAUAAGCAAGCUUCAAGCUCAUGAGCAAAGGCUGGUUAUGAAAACUGAUGAAACUACAGAAGGAGCCUUCCUUGCAAGGGCUAAGCAACAACGACAGCAUCAAACACAACAUCAGCAAGCUCAGUACAGACCAAAGCAACAACAGCAAGUUAAUUAUGCUAAAGAUCAGUGCAAGGAGGACUACUUGUUCACAAUGUCACAAGGUUCAUCUCUGCCAUCUAGUAGCUGGUUUGUUGAUAGUGGAUGCACUAAUCAUAUGGCUCGGGAUGAAAAUUUCUUCAUUGAAAUGGACAAAUAAGUUAUUACAAAUGUCAAGUUAGGAAAUGGUACUGUGGUGAGAUCACAAGGGAAAGGUACUGCUGUUAUUCAAACUAAAACAGGUACAAAGCA